AUGACUGACAUUCACAAAGCCUCUGGAGCCGAGAACUCUGUGGCUUCGCCAAUUGUAGCAUCUGCCGACAAUCCUGAGCCCACGGGGGACUCCAGCUCCGCCCCGGCACCCAAUCAUGGCCCUAUUCUGGAGGCAGAUGCAGAGAAUAACAACUUGACAGAAGAUGAUGCCUCGGACAGAGCGUCAAGUGUGGCAUCUUCAAGCACGAGCUUAUCGAGCUCGAUCCUUCAACAUCGCUUAGAAAACGGGAGAACUUAUCAUAAGUACAAGGAUGGGAAAUAUCUCUUUCCAAACGACGAAAGAGAGAAUGACAGGCUUGACCUACAACAUAACCUCUACCUAUUGACUUUGGAUUACAAGCUGGGCCUCGCUCCCCCCAACAAAGAAGGUUCGGGAGUCAGGCGCGCCUUGGACAUCGGAACAGGCACUGGUCUCUGGGCAAUAGAAUUUGCCGAUGAGCACCCCGAAGCCGAGGUUUUAGGUGUUGAUCUGUCCCCCGUGCAGACUCAAUUCGUCCCACCGAACCUGAAAUUUGAGGUUGACGACAUUGAGCAGCCAUGGACAUUCAGCCACCCAUUUGAUUACAUCCACAUUCGAGGGAUGACAUCGAGCAUCUCAGACUGGCUGGGAUUCUUUAAACAAGCUUACUCUAACCUUACCCCUGGUGGCUAUAUCGAAUUAUUCGAGGGCCAUGCCCGUACCCAGUCGGACGAUGGGACUUUGACACCAGAUCACGCUGCUUGGCAGUGGGCGGAUAAGCUCGAUGAAUGCUUCAAAAUACUUGGCCGUCCAUUCGUGAACGUCCCCAGCCUUGUUCCUAUACUGGAGGAGGCUGGUUUCCUUGAUGUGACUAUUGUGCCUUUCAAGUGGCCGGUUGGUCCAUGGGCAAAAGACCCGCAUUACAAAGAGCUUGGAGAAUGGGCUCUCGAGAACUCUUCUCAGGGUCUCGAAGCCUGGACUAUGGCAGCAUUGACCAGAGCGCUGGACUGGAGCAACGCAGAGGUCCAAGCCUUACUUGCUCAGGUGCGGAAGGAUCUGAAAGACAGGAGCAUCUAUCAUUACACGCCUAUGUGGGUGAUUUACGCGAAGAGGCCUCAGGACGAAGCCUAA